CAACAGCUGACUCACGAAAGAGUGGUCGAAUACAAUGCAGACGGCACUAUACAAUCAGAGUCGACAUUAAAUCUCUCGCUUGAUUCGAAGGAGAACGAUCAUGUUAGCCCUGACCCCGUGGCCACUGUGUCCUCAUUGCUGAAACCGUAUGCUCUGCGCCCUCGUACCGCAAAUCAGCCUAUUAAACCCAACCCAGUCAAAUCGAAUCCAAAUCAAAAGAAAUGUCCACAAGCAGCUGAUCCGUAUGAUUUCUGCAAGCAUUUGCUGCAAGAGGAAGAGAAUGGCAAAUGGAAGACGAUCAAUGCGCGCAUUCGCAACAAACGAACGACACAAAACACUAACAUUUCUGUUCAAACGAUGGUUCAAUCAAAAAAGAGUUCCAUCUCUGGCAAACAGCGCACAACCAUUGCAACAUUCCGGCAGCAAUUUGCUUCGACCCCAACAAAGGAAGUGAACCGUUUGCUAAUGGAAACGCUGGAUGCAAAUCAUCCAGGAGCGACUAAAGAUACCUUAAACGGCUAUGAAACCUUGUCCUCCAUAGAAUCAGAUGAAGACAACGAUUCGGAUGAGGUGUACUCACCAUACAAGGACUUAUACGCCAGCAAUGGUAAUCAUGGAACAAAAAAGCGAGAAACUACGACUAAAACACGCGCCAAUACUACCCGACGAUCGAAGGUUAACAGUGCUACUGGCUCGCGCGGUAAGCUUAGUCACACUAGCUAUAUCAGCAAUAUUUUCGCUAAAACUAGAGAAUCACGCCCUUCUACUCGCUACACUAGGACGCUGCAGAAUGCAACCGGCGAGAAGCAACAAACAGAGCAAUGCUCUUAUGCCAUGCAUAACCAGCAAUCAUCGACUCAGCUGACUUCCGAUUCUAGCACGAUUCUUCAUGCACAGAUCCAGCAAAUAGCGAUAGACGUUUUCGAUACAUCUUCCUCAACUCUCUCCAGGACUGGUAUACCGUCGUGUGGUGGCGAUCGUGUUGUAGAGACAAUGCAUCCAUCUCGGCGACUAAGUGUUCGUUUCGAAGCGCAAGACAACUUGCAGCUCGAAGUACACCCUUCUAGUGUAUCUACGGCGAUUUGUCGCGUGGAAAACGGACUUCAGAAUCAACAUUAUGACGUUGAGUAUGAUACCGACUCAACCCCUCCAGAAAUGAUAGCCCACCUCGCCAACAAAACGCUUAACAAGGAACGUUCGCUGGCGGAAAAGCUAACAGAUGUGCAGAACGCAACGACCGCUUUCGUCGCUAAAAUGAAGCAAGAAGAUAAUGAAUUGCACGCAAAGCUCGAGCAGGAGGAAAAGGAAUGUAACGAGUUGUUGGAGAAGUAUGUGCAAAAACGGCGCAACAUGUGUGAGCUGCUGAUGCAGCACAAGCGCUCGCGUGUUUCAUUUGACGAAAUCGAUCAAAAAAUCUCAAAAACGCAUCAGCAGGAACGAGAAAUAUACACACAAGCACACCAAACUCUGGCAAUUCUGCAGCAGGAGGAAUCAGCUGUGAAGCGGCAUGGCUGGGCUAUGUACAUCGAAGCAUUCCGACGGCAGAUGGAAGAAAUCCUACGCAGAGCCUGCGAUUCGUAGCCAAACGAUAGCCAGUUCAUUUUACAUUCCAAGAACAUCUGUUAACUUAUGUUAGUAACAUUUGUAUUUUAGCUAGCAUACCGCAAAGCGUGAAUUCAUCAGGUUUUUGAAUUGUACAACGAUGAAUAAUCGUUUCCGCGUAGGAAGGUC